AAUAACAACAUCAUCACUAGAGACUAAGCCAACCAUUCCAGUCUCAAAAAUCCUUCCUCAUCAUAAUCAAAAUCAUAAUAAUCAUGUUCAUCCCAUUCUCCUAGUCUCUAACCCUCGCUUCCAUGGCAAAAUCCAAAAAACCAAGUACCAAAUACUCAAAACCAAAAACCUCUAUAUUUCUAUGUUGCUUUGGAUCCCCUCUACCCAAAAAAGAGAACUAUGAUCCUAUCCCAAAACAAAAGAAAACUAGUUGGUUUUCAUGGACAAGGAUUCGAUUCAAUAAAAACUCAGCCUCCAAAACGGUGCCGCUUGAAGCCUCGCUCUCUGUUAAAGCUCAUGAUUACAAGUUGAAGUCAAAGUCAACCCCUCAUCAUAAACAUCAAUCUCCGGCAUCCAAUCCUCCACCGACAGCUCAGCAACCAUCGGUGCUCCCCGUCACACCCUAUCACACGCCAUCACAGACAAGGCAUGGUGCGAACAGCGUAGAGGACACGCGUCAACAAGGUAGGGCUUCUCCAGCACAACCAAAACGGCAGGUGCGGGCGGUGUCGUCGUCAAUGCAAAAAAACCAAACGACAUCUAAAAGGACGAGGGGGAGGUCGAACGACACUCUGGUUGGCAUGUCCGUUGUUGUGGUGACUUUGGUGAUAAUGAUAUUUUGGGGUCGUUUCUGUGCCAUCCUCUGCACUUCCGCGUGGUUGUAUUUUAUCCCGCGUUUUAGGAAGAGUGCUACGGUAAACGACGACGAUGAUCCCAAUACCAAAUCAAUUAACGAUGUGGAUUUGGAUUCGAAGUUGCACAAGAAGAAAGUGAUUAUGGAAGGACUUCUAGAGAGAAAUCACCGGGGAACUCUAUGAAAAUUCUUGUAAUUAGGUAGGUAGGUGGUUGUUGAUUAUCUUGUCGUUUGAUG